CCUGACAGCAGCGGGCCGGCUGCGGGUCACCCGGUUUCCUCCCUUCUCCCGGCAGCGGCCCGCGGAGGUGCCCGCCCCGCCCCGCUGGGGCAGCGGCGCGGGCGGGAGCGGCCCGGUUUAACCGCGGCGCCCGGGGGAGGCCGCGGCUGGGCGAGCGGCCCAUCGCCAUCAGCGCCCGCGGCGGCGCUCCGCGUGACGUCAGGCCCGGAGGAGGCGCCGAUUGGUCAGCGCGGCCCGGCGGCAAUACGUGUCCGCCCACGAUUGGCCCAUGGCGGAGCCGCAGCGGCGGCGCGCACGGCGGUACCGUUUCGAGGAGGGUCCGGCGGCGCUGGCCGUGCGCGUGCCCGAGGUGCUGGACUCGCAGUACGGGAUGUACGUGUGGCCCUGCGCCGUGGUCCUGGCCCAGUACCUGUGGGUGCACAGGCGGAGCCUUCCCGGCAAGCGCGUGCUGGAGAUCGGUGCCGGUGUGAGUCUCCCCGGCGUGGUGGCCGCCAGGUGCGGUGCCCAGGUGAUCCUGUCCGACAGCGAGGAGCUGCCCCGCUGCCUGCAGAGCUGCCGCAGCAGCUGCCUCAUGAACCACCUACCCCACGUGCCUGUCCUCGGCCUCACCUGGGGCCGGAUGUCUCCAGAGCUGCUCUCUCUUGCUCCUAUAGACAUUAUUUUAGGCUCAGAUGUCUUUUUUGACCCUAAAGACUUUGAAGAUAUUUUAACUACGAUUUACUUCUUGUUGGAGAAGAACCCACAUGCUCAAUUCUGGACAACUUAUCAAGUCCGAAGUGCUGACUGGUCUAUCGAGGCUCUGCUCUACAAAUGGAAACUGAAGAGCAUCCACGUUCCCUUGCAUUCCUUUGGUGCAGACAAAGAGCACUUGGCCAGCUCCUCUCUGCCAGGAAGACACACAAUUGAAAUGAUGAUCAUCUCACUAGCACAGUCAGAUGGCACUUCAGUUUAUUCCACUUUAGAUUUCAGUACAAGGUGAUACUCAGCUGUUCGCUGUAGCACAGAGCUGCAGAGAACAGUCCUGUUUACAGCAAACCUCAUGGAUAUUUUGGGGAAGCAGCAAUUCUUAAAACAUGCACUGUAAAAAUAAAGCUGUUUGGUUUCCCA